AUGAUCGGAAACCCAAAAAUGGUAGCCGCCAUAGGAGGUUUGUUGAAACGAAGUACAUGGUUGUCUAUGGGAUUAGCCACUUCCCAAACCAUGUGCCGACAACUUGUUUACAAUAGUAAUGACAUCUAUUUUUUUAAUCAAAAAAUUUCCAUAGCCGCUUAUCAUAAGGGUAAGCAUGUUGGAUCUUGUCGACGUAUCCCAGUUAAACUUCAGAGAAAGCUACGUUCAUCCAAUAAGGAAAAAGCAGAAUUAUUGGAAGAAAAUAAUAAUAUGAAUUCAAAAUAUAUGUCGAUGACAUGUCAGAUACUUAAAGCAGAGCUUCGGAAAAGAAAUUUGAAGGUUUCAGGUAAAAAGGCCGAACUUGUUCAGCGACUUUGUCGUUCUGACAAUAAUGGUGACAACCUUAGAACGAAGUCAGUUAGACAGGCACAAGAGUGUAAGAAAAAAAAUAUGAAAGAAGGAAAAGUUAUUCUCAAGGGGCAGAGUUAUUUAUCCCCUGAUGUGAACCAAUCGGUUAUUAAUUAUGCCAAGGACACUUAUGUGAGACAUGUUAGUACUACAACUGCGGCAAAUGUCAAGAAAGAUCAACAUAAAAUUGAUUUUAAUAAGCCAGCAAAAAAAGUGUUUGAUCCUGUACAACACGUUUCGGAUUCUUGUAAUCAUAAUUUGGAUAAUAAUGCAAGCGUACAUGUGAAGGAAAUGAGAGCUACAAAUGCAUCUUCCAAAACAAAAUUUGAGGCGGUUGCCUCUCCAGAAGCUAACAACUUGAAGAAAUUCACAGUUAAAAAAGCCAAGGCGGAAAAAGGUUCCAGAAUGGAUGGAAGUGCUUUAAGGAAGAAGUUCAAGUCUGUUUCAAAAAAGUUUACCGACGAAAAUUUCGCAAAAGAGCAUGCUACAUCUAAAGAGGAGUCACUUGAGCAAAUUCCCAAUGGCUUCAACAAAAAUGGUAUAACCAGGCUUAGCUUCAAAACCAACACUAAAAGUGAAAAAGGUUCGGCAAACUUUUCGGACUUUGGUAAACGUGACAUUUUGUUUUGGGGAUCAUUUUCAGUUUUAACUAUGGUUUGGUGGUCUGGAGCAAAUAAAGUUGAGAUAAAUAAUUAA